GAACUUUCAUCCAGUCCCUCAAUUUUCUCUUUCCAUACAUGGCUUCAUUCUCCAAAUCUCCCUGCGACUCUCUUGCGCAUUAUAUUGCUCCCAUUAAUAUACCACAUCCAGCAGAAUGCAUUAGUAUGCAUGCCCAGCAGCAUGCCGCUACCAGCCCUCAACUUUCGGAAUGCGUUUUACUCACUCUCUUUACCUCAGCGGAGCUUAGAAGUAGCUAUGGGACUCUGCCACGUCCAAUUACACACGGAAUGUGCCAAACUCAACGACCAUCUUGAUGAGAUGCUAUCUAAGUUUGUUACAAACGAGUGAUUGUUAGCGUACUUGUAUACCGCUGAUUUCUUUUUGUGAUAUAAAAGUUGUGUGCUGAACUGUGGCAAUACGAAGGUUACGGAGAUAACUUCUAUAUUUUGUAUAGUUUCUACAUCUUCAUAUUGACAUCUGCUAAUUCUAACCCCUCAAAAAGGCCUACUGCACGCCCAUAUCACCAAGACCAUCGAAUGAUGAUUGAUGUCAUUUUUUAAACAGCAAAUUCCAUUUCUCUUUUCUCUCUCCUAUGAGGAACGAGUGCAUGUUAUUAGUUCGGAGUGAAAAGGCAACUCAAAUGUUAUCCUCCAUCCUCAGCGUUUUCAUCUGAUAUCCCUUUGACAUAUCCCUGACGGCUACGACAGCUAUAGGGCUGUGACUGUUCAUCAUAACCGGGUUUCUUUAUGAUAUAAACGCGCCUCUUGGUUUGUCCCUCUUUGAAAACUCCCGGCAGUUAAGGUCACGAUUAGCGUUGCGAUAAUCGACUGCGACAGGCGCAUGUUGGUUCAAUCACAGGACCGUGCCUGUCAAACACACGGAUAUUUUGGUAUGAAAUAUUGGUGAAUGCAACACAGCGUGACAAAAUUACCAGAUACAGGCCCGCCAUACCAAAGUCAUCUCAGUCACGGUAUUAGAUGAGGUACCGUCAAGGGCUUGGCGAUUUUGCAGAUUCUGUUUUCUUACCGCCGUUCGUUGCAGGAACAUUCAUCACUUCGACCUCUUGAAUUCCUUACGCUUAUUUUCACUUUCGUCACUCACACUUAUAUUUGAGACUGAUUCUUUUAUUUAAUGGAGCCAUAGGAUGACGACACAUGUAUUUAUGAUGUUUGAUUUCAUUUGAGUUUAUGCCAACUAAGAAUCGCCAGUCACUCCUUCUCGAUUAUCAUUCGUAAAACUUGAUGACAUCAAAGGUCUUGUUUCAAAGGAGCCCCGCGACCUUAAACAUUCAAAAUGGUGGAUUGUAGUAAUCGACAGAACCGUCGUAUUGCCUUGUUCAUUACGGUUCUCGUUCUCAUUAUCACGGCGGCCAUAAUCACGAUAGUGGUUGUGUCGUCAACGAAGUCAUCGUCAGGAUCAUUAUCAUCAAAGAUGACAACUCAAUCAUCUUCAGAUUCAGAAUCUCUGUUAUUAAAAACCACACCUACACCGCAAUGACGAAAACCUUUGACGUCACAAUGGAUAGAUGCAACGAAUACCAAGUGUUCAUCUCUUUCAUCACUUGAAUCAGAUAGCAACUAUUCUCUAUUGGUUACACCAACAACGCUCUCACGAUAGGGACCCCAGCCCGGCGCAGACGUAACAUGACAAUAGCUGCCAUGGAGACGUCUGCAUCCUUGCUUGGUGGUGGUGACGAAUACUCCUACUCCUAUAGGGUCCGAGACCGUCGGAGCAUCUCUGGUGCUAGUUCAACUCCAUCUUCAACGUCAAGUGGUUCUGGCAGCUCAUAUUCUUCGACGACAUCAUCUACAUCACCGUACAGUAGUUCAUCCAGGACUUCGUCCAGCUAUGGAACCGGCUCAGGCUCUUCGUCGGGUUCGCACACUGUUGCUCUUUCUUCGAUAAUCGCAGGUAUAGAGGUAGUUGGUGACAAGCAACAGGCAAUCAUCGAACGUCAGGGGAGCAAAACAAAGCUACGUGCUAAGCUCGAACCGCAAGAUUCAUUGGAUAACUUUCCAGACAAGUACAAAUUCGAGGACAAUAAGCAUGUAUCUGAGGUAGUACACGGACUCAAGUCAUUGUACGAGCAAGGUUCCUUGGUGGACGUGACAUUGAUCGUUGACGAUGAGGAAUUUCCUUGUCAUAAAUGCGUGCUUGCCGCGAGUAGUCCGUAUUUUAACGCCAUGUUUACGACAAAUCUGGCGGAGAGCAGACAGAGUAAGAUCCGUUUAAUUGGAAUAGACGCACCCUCAAUGCGACUUAUCCUCGACUAUGCUUAUACAUCGCAAAUAGAGAUUAAUGAAGACAACGUACAAGGACUCAUGCUAGCAGUCAAUAUGUUCCAGAUGCCAACAUUACGCGACGCUUGUGCACGGUUUCUUGAGAAACAUAUCACGGUGUCCAACGCAAUUGGUAUCUACUUUUUUGCUGUCGCACACAACUGCGAAAAGCUCGAGGAACUGGCGAAAACUGUGGUAAUGGAUAACUUUGUCGAAGUGUGUAAAGAGGAAGAGUUUGUCACAUUAGGAAAAGAUAAGGUUAUCGAUAUCAUUUCCAAAGAUGAGUUGAAUGUAGACAACGAGGAGGUGGUUUACGAAAGCGUGAUGGCUUGGGCCAAGCACGAUCCAGACGCGCGUAGAGCAGACCUCGCAGAUGUUGUAUCUCACAUCCGAUUUGGACUUAUCAGCCCAUACUACAUUCAUGAUGUCGUCGAACGCGAUCGCAUUGUGUCACAUAACAAGGGUUGUCAACAGAUCAUCGACAGCGCUUUACAAUAUCACGUUCUACGGGAUCGUCGCCAAGAUCUUGACAUGACGAAGGUAAACACAACCGCAAGAAAGGGAAUGCCAUUUGCAGAUAUGUUCGUCUUCCUUACCAAUACGAGUGAGAUGCUAAGCGAUAUCAACCAACCCACAACCUACCGCGUCAAGGCUUUACCCGAACUGAUGGACGAUGCAGAAUGUGUCAUAACAGGGGAAAAUAACAUAUUUACCCUUUCGAAACAGCCAACAGAAUAUAGCGGCCGACGUUUAUAUUCCAAUCGCAGAAGCGGUCUAUUUCUCUUUGAUCAUUUUGAAAAGAAAUGGUUACCGCGAGCCGCGAUGAAUGUCGGCCGUUGUAAUUUUAGCUUGUCGGUAUUGGAUGGUCUCAUCUAUGCUGUCGGUGGCUGUGAUGGUGACGAUGCUCUUUCUAGCGUUGAAUGUUACAAUCCUGCCACCAACAUCUGGAAGCAGAUAUCAUCCAUGCCGCAGGUUGUUAGGUUCGGCCAUAAAGCUGUUGCAGUUGGUGGUCGGUUGUACUGUGUCGGUGGAGAGUCUGAAGAUACAGUUCUCGAUUCUUUGUUUUGCUACAAUCCGCGGCUUGAUAGCUGGGAAACGGUUGCCAACAUGAUCCUCCCGCGUACUUGCGCUAGCGUCGCCGUGACGAAUCGAGAAAUAUACGUUAUUGGAGGUAGCGUUGCGAUGGGUGAGGUAGGGCCAGAGAAUAUGCUUAAGUCGGUCGAAAUCUACAACCCUGAGAAUAACGAGUGGCGUUUCGGACCAGAGCUCCCAGAAGGAAGGAUGUCCUUUGUCACGGCAGUAUUAGGUGGCACUAUAUACAUUUUCGGCGGAGAAAAUGGACUUGAGGAUUGUGAGGCGAAGGUCUGGAAGCUUGAAUCUAGUGCAACAGAGUGGAUCGAAGACAAGGGCAAAUGGCCACCUUUAGUUGCGCCAUUCUCGUGUCUCGUCGCCAGAAUGUCUAAGGAUAGUGAAUAGUAAAGACCAAAACAGGACUGACUCUCCUGACCACAUCUUCUUGGGCAAACGAUAACAUUGCAAAAUUAAUCACGAUUAUUGCAUGAUACUUUAAGUUAUUCAAUUGCAAUAUUCUCGGUAAAUGGGAAUAAGAUGAUGGUCUAUCGUAUUCCUUAUUUCGAUUAAUAAGCCCCAAGAUAUGAAGCUAUUUUAAAAGCGAUUCAUCCGAGAAUUGUAACUCUGAUAAUGUCUAAACAUAAGAGAAUGAAAUUUUAUGUGGCCGUAGGAAAUUAUUGUGAUGUUUCAAUUAUUGAAUAUUUAUUCAUCUUUGUGAAGUUGUGGUCGUGUUCGCAAGCGGAGGGCAAAAAUCGUCGUCAUUUAUUAAUCGUGAAUACUUUUGAAAUACAGAGAUUAAUUUAUACAUACCUUGUUUCCAGUUUUUCACAACCCUGAGAGUUAUCAUUCAUUCUAUUUCCGUUGAAGUAAAUGAUCAACUCACCCUAGUAGUAUGAUUGUAGAAACAAGAGAAAUUCAUAAACACAAAUUAGUGGUUCUAAAACAUCAAUUCUUAAAACAUUUUUACUUGCAUGACUUUUGUCGUUCAUUUAUAGGGAGAAAUUCAUGUUUUACUGUUAUUUGCGCUUUUUAUUGAGUAGCUGUUUAUAUACAGUUAAUAUGUCUUUUAAAACCAUUAACGAUAUUUUACCAGAUCUGUACGUCAUUUUGCGUCUAUCAACAAGUUACAGACUCUUGAACAUGUAAACUUAUGGCCCAAUAGAAAGAACACACAGUCGGCCUUAUUACCAUAUGUAAACGUGCCCUUGAUGUACUAUUGCAAUGAUUUGUGACUUUAUAUGGAUCAUGAAGGAUACGAUUAAGAAGAUCCAAAAAUAUACCUUGACUGAAAAAAUCAUAUGAGUCUGUCGAGGAAUUAGUGAAUAGGCGCAAAAGAGUUGACAGCCCCUGUGUAGAGAUAUCGUUAACGCUAAAAGAAAACAGGUUCAUCAUAUCUGUGUUAUAUAUACCAUGCAUUUCCACUGUCAAAUAUUUCCAUGCAUCUUUAGCCAGCGUUUUUAUAGUAAAGCAAAUCAAUUAUAACAUGGUUAAACGCUUGUAAUAUCGGCCUAAAUAAUUUCCACAAAAAAUUACUACUGUAAAUUUAUAAUUGUUUGGCUGAAUAGGUAUAUGCUAGAGCAAUUGUAAUUGAAUCUCAUUAUUAUGAUGCCUUUGAUAGAUGAUACGAAGUCAAUUUCUGUAACUUGAAAUGGAUCAUCAGGAUUUACAAAUUGUGCACAGCUACACUCUAAUAAGAAUAGGUUCAGCUUUGCUCAAUUUCCAAUUAUUGGUCACAAUGGAAGCAACUUUAAAGAUCCGACUGUGCACCUGAAUUGCACCUUUCAGAAAGGGAAACUUUUUUAAAGGUGCUCCCAGUGUAAAGGAUAUAAGGUACAGAGAUGGGCCUAUUAUAGAUACAAUGUACGAUCCAAUGAAUUAAGAUGGUGGUAUUUUCAGUGGUCGUUAUCUGCUACACAUUCGUGCACCCGUGUACCAAAUAUCUCGUGGUUUCCUAGACAAUGAUGGACAGUUUUCGUUACAGGACGGUAGCUUGGAGGUUCCAUGACAUUUGCUCCGACGACAAUAUCUCUGUUGGAAAAUCUACACGUUAAGCCAAACAUAAAACCUAACUUCCGUAACUACAUUAUUCUGAAACAAAAACUCUAGUACAUUCCCAACUCUAACCCGAUCUGAGAUCGGGCCUUUGAGAUAUUAAAGACCGGAGCAAAUGUCGUGUCACCAGGGACCCGUUGCAGAAAGAGUUGCAAUCAAUCGCAACUCUAAAAAU